CCGCGCCCGCGACGUCUCGUACCGCACCUCAACACCCCUCACGCGCAUCAUGAGCGUCGCGACCUUCGGCGCGGCCACGGACGAGCCUCGGAAAGGCCGCGCGAUCUUCGCCGAGCGCGGGAACAGCGUCAAGUCCACGAUCUACGGCGGCGACGACGACUACGUCCCCGCGGAGAUGACCGCGACCGGGCGCAAGCACCUAGGCGCGUCCCCGCGUCCCCCCAAUCUCGUCGUUCCCCCGCCGCCGGGCGACACCCCGUUCGCGAUGGGCGCGCACGAGAUUCCCGCGCCGGCGCGAUCGAACGGCACGCCCUACAGCAAGAACAGCAAGUUCGACGUGGGCGCAGCGAAAGUAGGCGCGGGCGGGUUCGACUACGAGCAGAACCAGACCAACUACGAGAUGGCGCAGAUGCAGGCGGCGAACAUGAAGGCGCGGAACCAGGGCGGGUACGGCAUCUUCAACAGCGAGUGAUCGGCUUUUGUCGCCGGUCUGUUGGUCGACUCGGGGGUCGGGGACGGAGCGGGCGGAUGUAUAUUUUUGAACGCGGGGAAACGGGAACGAAAGGACGGGGAAGCGGCUGCGCUACGUAAAUCACGCGCGAACGCGAUCGCACUGAGGAUAGAGCGGAAGGAACGAGCGCGAGCUCGGCGGAGGAGUGAUACAGAACGAAGGGGGUGCGGCGACGACCCCCCACAGACGAUAUCAUUUAUCGACUUGACCUUGUACGAGUACUUGCAUCAG